UUUAUAGCAGUUCAUAUGCAAACAACCUCUCAGUACAGUUAGCUUCCUAACAGUAUUUAGCCUACAAUGAAAUACCUAAACUGUGGACCAUACUUAAAAAUGAAAUAUGUGCUAGAAUACUUGGAGAACGUCAGCUUUUACCAAGUUAUUUGUAUUAACCUAAGGAAUUUAGCAGAACAAAAGAUGAGUCAAGCUGAAUAGUUUCAAAGGAGAACUUCAGCUAUUUUAGACCACAAGCCAGUAAACUUUGCUUACGUAGUUGCUUCCAUUCAUUCUCUGAAGCCAAUCGCUUCCCCCGUGGCAGCUGAUAAAAAUUUAACAGCUUGUUGAAGUGGAGUGUUAGCAUCUUUAGUCCUAAACACAUUCCCAGGCAUAUCAGUAGCCUCUGUCCAUCACCCAUGCUGGAAGCUAUUUGGAAAAGGAGAAGUAGAAAUCAGGGAAGGGAAAUCAUGCAUCAUUAUACUGGUUGGAACGUACUGAAGACUUUAUAUUGUUUUCAUCAUGUGGAUUCGCUAGAGAAAUGACCUUCUUUGAUCAGCCAGGGAAAACCAAAAACUGGUUAAUUUGCCCCCUGUGCCCACCACGAGUGCUGAGGCUCUGGACUUGCAGGCGCCCAAGGACGAGAAGGAAUCUGCUACUGGGCACAGCUUGUGUGAUCUACCUGGGCUUCCUCGUCAGUCAGGUGGGUCAUGUUUUACCCCAGCACAAAGGAGGACACUCAAAGACCAGUUCCAGAAGCCUCCAAGAUGCAGCCCAAACUCCUUUUCUGGGCAUCCCACUGGAUGGCACCCUAUCCCCACCCAGUCUCCAGGAACUUCAGCUGGGUGGCAAUGGGACCUCAGUGCCACCCAAUGUAGUUUAUAUCACCCUGCGAUCCAAGCGCAGCAAGCCUGCCAAUAUCAGAGGCACCGUGAAGCCAAAGCGCAGAAAGAAACAUGCCAUGCCUUUGUCCUAUGGGCAGCACUUUCCAAAAGCUACUUUCACCAGCAGGGAAGAGACCUUUGCCCAGCAACCAGGAAGGGCCGUGCAUGCUGCAGGCACAGCGGGAGCAGCAAUAGCUCCAGAGACGAGGAGGCACCAACUGAAUGAACACAGGGAUAAAGAAAUGGCAAUCAGGGGGAGGGGUCACUGGAGACCUGAGGGGAUUUCUGGAGGUAUAAAGUCACAGCCCCAGGCUCAGGAAAGUAACAUCAGGAUUUACAGCGAGAGCUCUCCCUCUUGGCUGAGCAAAGACGACAUCUUAAGUAUGCGUAUGAUGGCAGAUGCUCCAAUAGAGAGUAUCCAAGAAGUACCUUCUCAUAAAGGAGUCCUCGUAGUAUUUGGGAGAGGUUCCCACACCCCAGGAACAGCUUGUAAUCACGGGCACUGUGGCAUCAUCAAAAGACCCCUUGAUAUGAGUGAGGUGUUUGCCUUUCAUUUGGAUAGGAUCUUGGGGCUAAACAGGAGCUUACCUUCUGUAAGCAGGAAAUCGGAGUUCUUCCCAGACAGUCAAGCCUGCCCUGUUAUUCUCUGGGAUUCCACACUGAGUCCAACAGAUAAUAUUACCCAUUCUUCAGCGAGAUUAACAUGGGGAAGAUACCAGCAACUAUUGAAGCAGAAAUGCUGGCUGAAUGGUAAAGUACCCAAAGCUGAAUGGGGCUGUACUGAAAUCCAUCAUCAUGAGUGGUCCAAGAUAGCACUCUUUGAUUUUCUUCUUCAGAUCUAUAAUCGACUAGACAGAAACUGCUGUGGAUUCAAACCUCUCAAGGAAGAUUUCUGCAUGCAGCAAGGACUGAAGCUGAAAUGUAGUGAUCAAGAUGCUGUUGACCUGACGCACAUAGUUCAGAGAAGGCAUGACCAAAGGCACUUGGCUUUUAUAGACAAUAAGGGUUUCUUUGACAGAAGCGAGGACAAUCUAGACUUCAAAAUACUGCAAGGAAUCAAUGAAUUCCCUGAAUCUGCAGUUUCAGUGCUGAGGAGCCAGCGUUUACGUGAGAAGUUGCUUCAGUCUUUGUUCCUUGACAAAGUGUACUGGGAGAGCCAAGGAGGCAGGAAAGGAAUUGAAAAGCUUAUUGAUGUAAUAGAAAGGAGGUCCAAAAUUCUUCUUACUUAUAUAAAUGCACAUGGAGCCAAAGUAUUACCCAUGAAUGAAUGAAACAUUCUUGUUGCUAACUGAAAGAUAGUCUUUAAAAAAAAUUACAUGAGGCAAAAACUGACAGUAAAAUUGAUUUUCUUCUUAGGCUUAUUUCAUGUUUAUUUUUCUGAACUAGCAAGCUUAUUUUUAAAUAAGAAAACGUACAUGGCUUAAAAGCAUUAGCAUUUAAAUGUCAGCUGCAUCUCAAUAGAGUGAACUCAAUUUAUGUUACCAGUGAAAUGAAAUGAAAAAUAACCAAAUAGUAUAAUAAAUAAUGCAGUAAUAUGUAUGCACAAUGAAGACUCCUCCUGUUAAACUGUUCCAGAAUUAGCAGCAGAAUUUUCAGUACAUUAUUCUGGAUUAGUGUAACUUCCCUCAUUGAAGUCAGUAAAACUUUUAUUGCCAAUUUAAAUGGGGACAGCAAUUUGCCAGCACUUAACACAUCGAUGAAAAUUGCCAUCUCAUCCACCUGCUUAAACACACCUAAUGUAGGAAUUUGCCUUUUUGGUUAAGAACACUAAAAUUCCAAUAUUUCCUAAAGCUUUUUUUUGUUUUAUUUCAUUUUGAUCUUUUGAUCAAAAAGAAAAGGCCUAAAUUUAGCUAUUUUGAAAGUAGAUAUAUUUUCAUUGAACAUAAGGGAACGUUAGAAACAGAGUGAGGAGCAUACGCUGUAACAAAUAAUUCAUUUGAGCAAUACAGUUUUUACCUGUCCAGUAUGCUCUGCAAUUGAUCGUGAGUCACUUGUUAUGAUGUACUAUUUUAAGUACAAGUUGUUUUGAUGAGUGGAUGGAUCAUCUGGUUUUUCCCGUCUAUUGAUUAACUGGGUGUUACUCACAGAGUCGUCCUUUAGUACAGCCAGCCUUGUGUAGGAAUUCAGCUUUAGCUUUGUGUGAAUAUACUGCUAAAUAAGUGUAUACAAAUUUUAGUUUUUGCAACAUUCUUGACAAUCAUUUUCUAGAACAUUAUCAAAAAGCAGACCUAAUAGGGAUGUGUCAUAAAAAUUAGACAGAAAACGUUUGUGCUAUUUGCUCAGCUCUAGCCAGCAAUUUAGGCUCUGCUUUUCCAUUAAGAUCAACCAGUGUGUGAUGAUUCUAGCUGAUGACUUGCCCCAAGUAUUCCCACAGAUAAGGUUGUUAUAAUACCUUAGAUAAGCACUUGGGAUUCUCAGCCUUGAUCUGAGACAGUGCAACUUAGGGUGUUCCUAUGUCUCAUGGCUGUUCCAGAAAUAUAGUAUCAGAGGAUACAGCCUAUCAUAACAUAUACCUUCUACCUACCUGUUUAAAAAAACUCUUAUUAUCUGUAAAUUUCCCAGAUAAUGGCAGAAGUUAUAUGCUUUCAUAGCUCCUCAUCUCUUUAUGUAUAGUAACAGAAUAUAUGAUGUAUAACAUUCAAAAAUAAUUUUGGAAGUGCUUGUGUAGUAGAAUUGCUUGUCAUUAUGAGAAACUAAAAUGUUUUGUGCGUGUGUUAAGGUGGGUGUGUGAAUUUAAUGUCUUAAAUAACUACAAUUCCGUUGCAGAUAAAACAGAUUCUCAUUCUUAGUAUAUGAACGAACAACUGUUAACGAUAAUUGCAUUACUAGAAGCAAUAGAUCUCAUAAUACAGAGAAUUAAGGAUACUUAAUAAAAUUUGAAGAGCUUGGACAUCUAGAUAAUCUUUUAUUUUAUUUUGUCAGUAAAGGGCAGAUUCACUGUCUUCUUAAAAACUUCCUAGAACUUAACUGCUGCCUUGAGAAGACGUAUUUUAGAAUGCUGUGGGCUUUUUGAUAAGGCUGAAGUAGAAUUUUAUAGGAUUUAGAUAUUAUCCCUUUUUAAAAAUGUUGUAACCUGUUAGCCAGGUAAUUUGUACCAUGGAAACAAAUAGUACUGUAGUUUGCACUGGGACCAGAACCUAGCAAAAGAAGCAGUCCUCUGGACCUAUUUCACAUAGAAAUUUCCUAUUACAUUUUAUAGAAAUUCCACUCUUUGGUGACUGUCAUGAUCGAUUUCUCCCAUUUUCUAGCCUAUCUCAGUUUUCUUCCUGCUAGAUACCUGUUCGGUUGGAUUAUCACACACUGCUAGGAAUGAGAUAAAGGCACAAGUCUCAGCUGCGCUGAUCUUAGCCGGAAGAGGGCUAAAAUGAAGCUACAACAGUCUACCUGAUCAUGAAAAAAAGUCUUAUGAGAACCCUGUCUUCUAGCUUUUCCUCUUCUGUCUUUAGACAUCACAUCCUGAUGUCCAGUCAUCCUCUCAUAUUGCCCAAUUAUUAUCAGACUUGACCCAUUACCCAAGAAGAGAAGAAAUUAAAAACCAAGACAUUUUUCUUUUCAAGUUAAGUCAUUCAUUUUUGUGGUGAUAACUUGAGGCUUUCUUCUCCAUUUCUUCUGGACGUGGCUAGUGCUUCCUUGAGCAUGAUACAUGCUUUUUUAUUUGGCUGGAAGUUUCAGUGCCCGUCCUUUAAGCUGCAAUGUAAUUGCCACAUAGUAAGGAUGAGUUUCUCUCACAUCCCUGAAGCUUGACAGGAGUGUUGUUUCCCAGUAAUCCGUAGCUUAGGAGGUCCAAGAUACUAUGACAAUGGUACAAUGUUUUAGAGUUUGACCAAGCAUGAAAAAGCUAAAUGUAAAGAGUAGAUAUUCUGGAGAGGAAUCAUGCAAACUAAUUUCCUUAAGAAAUUAAUGGUGGGUUUUGGUAGACGUUUUUAGUGGCAGAGGCAUACAGGCCGAUUUGUCAUUAGAGCUGAAGCUGCAGGGUAAAAUGUUAUAUAAACUUGUGUAGAAAGUACAAGGCAGAAGACAGGCAUAUCUCUCUGUCCUAUCUUCUACUGACCACUGAGGCAUUGUCUGCCUUUAAAGCUGCUCAGCUUUAUGAACCAAUGAACCCCAGAGUGAAUGGCCAAGGCAGAAACUGCGUUGUGCCAUUGCUGCAUAUGUUACACUUUCCAAGGGCAAAGGAGUACUCGUUUCUCUGAAACUCUGAGUUUGUGGCUAGCACAAGGCACUCUGUGGACACAGGAUGGGGCGCUACAUCCUGCUCUCACUUUCUGAUAGUGCCUUAGCAUUACAAUAUGCAUAGCUAGGGGCCUUACCUGCUAUGCUGAAUUCACAUGCCAUAUUUCUUACUCGUGCAAACUCUCGCAUUGUCUUCAGGAAGUUAGGAGACGCUGUGUGAGAUUGGGCAGUGGGACUGGUUUGUAAAUUAUUUCUAGUUCUAUAACGUUGGUGACCAACUCCGUAAAGUGCCUUUUUUUUCUCAAUGUUUAUCCUGUUGUUGUAUGGCUUGGUACUUGAAUCCGGCAUUGUUAAUGAUUGAAUGUAUGACUGCUACAGUACUGAUGAAUACGCAGUAGCAAAGUAUAAUUUUUUUUUUUUUGCAAAAGUAAAGAGUGACAAACUUCUGUACUUUAGGCGCAUUUGUAUAAAUGUUUCAGUAAAAAGUGCAAAAGAAGCACUUUGCGUAGUUUGUUUAUCAGCUGCUGCUGUGUUCCAGAAGAUAUCUGUUCUCUCAGCAAAAGGAGUAAAGCUUAGAGAGAAAUCAGCCCGUUUUCUUUUAACAGAGUAUGACAUUGGACUGACAUUCCUGCACUGAAGCCUAAGUAAUACUAAUUGAUAGGAAAAAAACAAAGAAGCCUUACUCUACCUACGGCGGGGAUCGACAGCCAGCCAAGAAACUGUGUUUUAGCCAUCUGUGCUGGGCUGCCUUCCAUUUAUGGGCAUAUGGGAUCAGACAAGGAUUCGUGCUGCACAUUACUCGGAAGGGUGUAACCGACGGCAACAGUCCAAAAUCUGUGGGUGGGAAAAGAAGAUUAUGUCAUUCUUGAAUCUGUCUAAAAGCCAGAACCACAUAAAAUGCAAUUACUAAGAAAGUCAAGAGGGUCUGCUGAUUUCAAAACAUUGGAAGGCAGAGCUUAAAAUAAGUAGUGCAGGCACAGAUGCCUUAAGAUUCCUCAGGAACUUGCCAGCAAGUUAAUAAUCUUAAAUGUUUCAGAAGCUGAGGACGUGAAAAUUUUUGCGGAGCACUGUGAGAGCAAUUUGCUUCUUUUUUUUUGUAUGCAUUUUGUAAUGCAGUAUAUUAAAGAAAGUAAACUCCAUGGUUUCAAAUAGCAGAUAUAGAGUUAGGGUACAUUAAGGGACAAGCUUUCAGUAGCAAUUCUGGGAAUACUUUCAUGCAUUUGUAUGCAAUGCAAGCAUAUAUGUAUAGUAUAUGUAUAUAAACCUUAGCUCGUUUCUACAAAGCAGUCAGUGUGGCUAACAAAGAGUGUUGUUUAUAUAAUUUGCUUUUUACAUGUAGAACUGUAUUAUUUGCAAACGUAAUUUCAAGGUUGGGUAUACACAAGUGGAAGUUUAAACCAAAAAUUAUUAUAGAUGCAUUGAAACUUUUGUUACCAAAGCAUUAACUCUCCUUUUGCUAACACUUCUGAUAAGUAUAUAUAUGAUAAAUAUAUAUAUGUGAUAUAAAAAGUCUUCUACUUACAGUUGUAGAGAAACAUGACAAUAUGUUUGUAAUCUGAGUUAAACUGCAAGAUGAUACCGUGAUACAAACUUUGAGAAGUUUUUCCUGAAUUUUAUAUUAGAUAUUGAAUUUCAAUUUUCUUUUGGAUUUGGUGCAUUUAAAAAGUCAUUAUGUUUGUCUUUUUAUUAGCAGUGCUGAAAACAUUAUUGCAAGUAAUGAAUUGUUUAGACAACUGUAUCCACUGCUAUGGUCAUACAAUGUCUAAGCAUAUACAAAAUAAAAGGAUUAUUUUCUUCAGA